AUGGAGAAGGGUGGUGUAAUAACUUUCCUCUUGCUCUUAAUUCAACUAGGAGCCAUCCUCCCUUCUCUCUCUUGCCCAACUUGUCCUACACCACCGAGCUACAAACCACCCCAUGUCCCCAAACUACCCCCUAAGCGCCCACCUAAGAUUUUGCCCCCACCCUAUGUCAAGCCCAAUCCACCACCAAAGGUGGAGACACCAUGUCCACCACCACCACCAACAUAUAAGCCAUUUCCUCCACCAACACCAAAGAAACCAGAGACUUGUCCCAUUGAUGCUUUAAAGCUUGGAGCCUGUGUUGAUUUACUUGGUGGGCUUGUUCAUUUGGUGAUCGGCGAGCAGGUGAACAAGAAUUGCUGCCCUCUUGUGCAGGGGGUUGCGGAUUUGGACGCAGCCUUGUGCUUUUGUACCACCAUUAAGGUAAAAGCUUUGAACCUGAAUGUGGUUCUGCCGCUCGCGCUUCAGGUGCUGGUUGGGUGCGGGAAGUCAGUGCCCCCUGGGUUCAAUUGUCCAUGA